GGAGGAGGAGGAGGAGGACUGCGCUCCUCCAUCUCCGGGGGUGUCGGUAUCGGCGGCGGCGGCCCGCCCGAGCCCCUGGACAUCAUCCGCACCAAGGCCCGCUCGCGCCGCGUGCGCCUCAACGUGGGCGGCCUGAACCACGAGGUGCUGUGGCGCACGCUGGACCGGCUGCCCCGCACGCGCCUGGGCAAGCUGCGCGACUGCAACACGCACGAGGCCCUGAUGGAGGUCUGCGACGACUACAGCCUGCACGAGAACGAGUACUUCUUCGACCGGCACCCGGGCGCCUUCACCUCCAUCCUCAACUUCUACCGCACGGGCAAGCUGCACAUGAUGGAGGAGAUGUGCGCGCUCUCGUUCGGCCAGGAGCUGGACUUCUGGGGCGUGGACGAGAUCUACCUGGAGUCCUGCUGCCAGGCGCGCUACCACCAGAAGAAGGAGCAGAUGAACGAGGAGCUGCGGCGCGAGGCCGAGACGCUGCGCGAGCGCGGCGGGGAGAUGGAGUUCGACAACACCUGCUGCCCCGAGAAGCGCAAGAGGCUCUGGGACCUGCUGGAGAAGCCCAACUCCUCCGUCGCCGCCAAGGUUCUGGCCAUCAUCUCCAUUCUCUUCAUCAUCCUCUCCACCAUCGCGCUGUCCCUCAACACCUUGCCCGAGCUGCAGGUGAUCGACGAGUUCGGCCAGGCCAACGACAACCCGCAGCUGGCCCACGUGGAGGCGGUGUGCAUCGCCUGGUUCACCAUGGAGUACCUGCUGCGCUUCAUCUCCGCGCCCAACAAGUGGAAGUUCUUCAAGGGCGCCCUGAACAUCAUCGACCUGCUGGCCGUGCUGCCCUACUACGUCACCAUCUUCCUGACGGAGUCCAACAAGAGCGUGCUGCAGUUCCAGAACGUGCGGCGCGUGGUGCAGAUCUUCCGCAUCAUGCGCAUCCUGAGGAUCCUCAAGCUGGCGCGGCACUCCACGGGGCUGCAGUCGCUGGGCUUCACGCUGAGGCGGAGCUACAACGAGCUGGGCCUGCUCAUCCUGUUCCUGGCCAUGGGCAUCAUGAUCUUCUCCAGCCUGGUCUUCUUCGCCGAGAAGGACGAGGACGCCACCAAGUUCACCAGCAUCCCGGCCUCCUUCUGGUGGGCCACCAUCACCAUGACGACCGUGGGCUACGGCGACAUCUACCCGCAGACGCUGCUGGGCAAGAUCGUGGGCGGGCUGUGCUGCAUCGCCGGCGUGCUAGUCAUCGCCCUGCCCAUCCCCAUCAUCGUCAACAACUUCUCCGAGUUCUACAAGGAGCAGAAGAGGCAGGAGAAGGCCAUCAAGCGGCGCGAGGCCCUGGAGCGGGCCAAGAGGAACGGCAGCAUCGUCUCCAUGAACCUGAAGGACGCCUUCGCGCGCAGCAUGGAGCUGAUGGACGUGGUGGUGGAGAAGGGCGAGGAGGAGAAGCACGUGGACAACCACCUGUCGCCCAGCAGGGGCAGCAGUGUGCACAAGCGCACCUCCUCCGAGGUCAGCCUCAAGUCCAUGGACAGGAAGUACCAGGAGAAGGUUCCUCUGGGCUCUCAGGAGUGCAUGAAGCAGGCAGGCAGCCCUCAGCACCUCAACGCCCAGAAGCUGGAGGAGAUGUACAACCAGAUGACCCAGUCCCAGUCCCUCUCCACCCUCAACACCAUCCCCACCAUCACACAGACAGAGGUGACCUUGAAACCCGAGGUGGAGCUGGAGCUGAAGGUCGUGCUGACCCCUGACCCAGGGGUGAAGAUCAGGCCGGUCGCCGAGGUCAGAGGCAUAUCGAGCGGAGACGCUAGCGGCUACACCAGUAGCAGCGGCGCUGAUGAAUAUGGCACCUGCGACGACGGCCUCGGCGGCGGCAAGUCUUCCACGUCCCCGAGCGCGGGCAGCAGCAGCGCCAGUCGCCUGAGAGGCCUGAAGCCUCCUCCGCCGCUGCAACUGCUGGACCCGAGCCAGCCGACCCCUCCUGAGACCGGGUCGGAGGUCACCACCCUCAACCUCGUCUCCACCAACCCCAGCAGCGACACCCUGGUGGCUGAAAGCAUCCGUAGCUCCAUACGGGGCGCCCACACGGGCAAGACCAAGGACCUGAGGGUGAACUUCGCGGAGUCUUCGCCAGGCGAGGGGGAGACGGAGGAGGCACCGCUAAUGAUGACGCCGACCCAUUUGCCCCUGACGACGAUGACGAUGACGACCACGACGACAGAGGAGUUGCCUCUGGUUACGGACGAGGCGCCCCCAACGCCCCCCAGCACCUGUUCCCCAGGUGACGUCAGUAGCUCCUCCCUGUGUCCCGAGGGGGAGGAGCCACUAGCACACCUGGGCCAGGUGAGGGACACUCGGGAUCUCUCCAAGAUGGCACCCAUCCUGGGGCAGCUCAUCGGCGACGGGGAGGGGGGGUACGGGAACCUGACGCCAGAGAACUCGGAGGAAAUGCUGAAGGCCGCCUCGCACAACUGCACCAACCAGGCAGGAGAGGACAAAACCGACAGCAACCAAAGUGGACACAACAAAGUGGAGAACCACAUGUUUACACCGGAGAUACACAUUGUUCCUGGGGAGGGGGAGACCACCACAACGCUGGAGACAAGCAUGUGA